AUGCCUGGUCUAGUUAUGCCGUUCACGCGCAUCACCGUCACGGAGAUACAUCCUACUUUUGGCGCUGAGAUCAGCGGCGUGGACUUUUCGCGCCCAGUAGAGAAUGAGGUCUUUCAAGAGAUCUUAUCUGCAAUCAGCAAGUACGGCGUAUGCGUGUUUCGCAGUACAGCCCUCGACGAUACCGGUCACGUCGCUUUCGCAUCUCAGUUCGGCGAGCUAGAUGAUGUAACUCCUUACAUAUCAGGCGGACGAGCCCACCGUUUAUCCGACGUCCACCUGUUCGACGUCAGCAACAUUGAUCUAGACGGGAUGGUAUUCCCCUCAGACAAUGUCCGACGCCAGUGGAAUAAAGGAAAUGGGCUAUUCCACGUCGAUUCAAGCUUCAACCCCCGACGAGCUGGUUACUCACUUCUCCGAGCAGCAGAACUCCCGCCAGCAGGCACGGGCGGAGAAACCGAAUUCGCAGAUAUCCGAACAGCUUUCGCGGACCUCCCAUCUGCUCUUCAGACUAAGCUCCGAGAACAAGACUACAUAGCCGCGCAUUCGCUCUGGCAUUCCCGUAAAGUCGCCGCACCAGAAACAUUCGCGGAUAUCGAUCCAGCCGACUACCCCAUGAGUCGACACCGCCUGUUACAGCGUCACGAGGCAUCCGGUAGAGAGACAUUGUAUCUCGCAGCGCAUAUCCACCAUAUCGAAGGAUUAACCGAUGGCGAAUCGAAAGCCUUGUUCGAGCGGUUAUUCGGACAUGCGACAAAGCCGGAAUAUAUCCUUCGGGUAAAGUGGGAGAAUGAAGGGGAUUUGGUACUCUGGGAUAAUACCUGUGUCAUGCAUCGAGCUGCGGGCGGGGCAUUUGAGGGGAAAUAUCGACGGGAUAUGCGUAGGGCUACGGUUCAUGAUGGGAGUAGUUUGGCAUGGGGAUUGAAUGAGCGAACUCAGGAGAGACAAGGUCUGCCUUGA